CCAUUCCCAAUGGGAAUAAGGAAUUGUACCAAGUUCCAUAAUAGCCGUUGCUUGCGGAGGCGGCGAGGCCUGGAAGAAGAACCAACUUGUGAAUCACGACGAGAAUCUUCCUUCUUCCACCCACCUGCCGAACAACGGAACCCAACAAAACAGUCUUCCAAGCCGACGAUAGAAAAACUCCCAGUAAAAGUCCUCCAAAAGAUACCCAUUUGCCACGUGGUAGGCUUACAACUCUUAUGGCCCCACACGUUGGUGGAAACUGGAAAAUCAUCACGUAAGGUCAAAAUUUCAAACACCAAACUCUCGCGGAAAACUCAAAACUCCCUCCGGCUAAUAUGCUUCGAAUCUUCUCUCCUUCUCACUGUCACUAUAAGAAGCACUAUAGGCCACGCAACAACUGGCUAAAACUUCAAAAGCAUAGAACUUCGACUCCCAAAACCUCCACAGGCCAACUGCCGAAAAUCAAGAAAACUAAAAGUAAUGGCGACCACAAGACUCCUGCGUUCGUCUAGGCCUCUUCCUCAUGUUCAUCCUCCUGGUUCAACUUCUUCAUCUUCUGCCUCGUUGAAAUGCAUCGCUAAGAAUACUGCUGCUGGGUUGGGUGGAGAUCAGAAGAUGGUUUCAAGUGAUGGUGAUAAAAGGAAAUCAACGGCGGCGGUUGUGAAAGCAUCCGUUGCUAUUAGCGAGAGCUGUAUCACUACAGACUCACGGGCUGAUGAGGGAAUAUUAGAUUUGGCUUCUUUGGUUGCAACUGUUGGUAAUGCUUUGUUUAAGGUUUUGAGGCCUGCUGUUAAACGUAAGCCGUGGAAAAUACAGGUCCAGUCGCUCAUUGAAAAGGCCAUAAUUGAUUGUCGGUUCUUUACUUUAUUUGCCACAGCAGGAGCAUUGCUUAGUUCAGUAUUGUGUUUUGUGGAGGGUUGCUUUCUCAUUCUAGAGGCAUACUUCAACUAUUUUAGCAUGUUAUCUCACAGUUCAGAGGGAGGACAAAUCGUGCAGCUACUUAUAGAAGCCAUUGACAUGUUCUUGGUAGGAACAGCCAUGUUUAUGUUUGGAGUGGGGUUAUAUGUAAUCUUUGUGGAACCAAAGAAUUUGAAAGAAAAUGGGCAACUGCUCCCAGGAUCAAAUCUUUUUGGCCUCUACCAUUUGAAGUCUCUUCCAACAUGGGUGCAAAUGGAGACGGUUGCCCAAGCCAAGUCCAGAAUUGGGCAUGCAGUCAUGAUGAUACUUCAAGUGGGAUUGUUGGAAAAAUUCAAGAAAAUACCUAUGGUCACCAGUUUGGAUCUUGCUUGUUUUGCUGGAGCUGUGCUGGUUUCCUCAGCUUGUAUAUUCAUUCUCUCAAAACUUUCCGAUGGUGUUGUUGCCGAAGAAGACAGCAGGUAGCCGAGAAAUAACACAUAUAUUUGGCACAAAUGACGGCCAAGAAGGAACCAUACCUUAUUCUUUUUGUUAGUCAUUACAUUCUUUUGUAUAUUCUACUGAAUACUACUUACACAAUACAAAUAAAAAAAAAAUCUGUAUGAGAAGAAGUUGCCACAUAAACAUCAGCUUAGGUUUCCUGAUAUGAAGGUUUAGGUAGAGGAAUUCUUCAGGGCUUUAAGCCUGUAAGGAUUUUGCAGUUUUUAUUUGU